AAAACGUCAUAACGGAACGAACUAAUCAAGAGCUGGAGGAGUAGUUGAACAUCGACUUUUUAACUGGCCUCGUCAUUGACCUUAGAGAGAGAUAAACAAGGUCGGAAUGACGAAGGAUUGAUUGAAUUGUUCGUAAAUUUUGAAGAGAUGUUAGGAGAUCCUGGAAUAUUAUGUUUUCAACAUUGUGAUAAAGUAGUUAAGAUAUUCUGCUUCGAUCUUCCCGAUGUAUGCGCGCUGUGUAAUGGCGACUUGCAAACUUCGGAAUUGAGAAUACCUCCGUUUAGAGUUCCUUACCCUUUUACAAGUGCAAAGAAAAGUCCCUGUUCGGUCGUAAUCAAGCCAACCAAAGGAGAUUUCCUCAAUGCCUAUCAAAACUCCACAGAUUUACAUAUUGGUAUCACAGAUUCUAAAGGUGAAGUUUAUGAUUUUGACCGAGAAGGAUUGAGAUUUAACUGCAGUCAUUUAUGGAAUGAAUGUUUACCCAUAACUAUUAUAUCAAAAUUAGAUAUAACAUGGAAAGAAUACUGGGAUUAUAUAUUGAAUGCAAUUUGUCAUCAAGAUCAAUGGCAAAAAGAGAAGUAUGAAGAAAAUAGUCAUAAUUGUUAUUCAUUUGUCCUUUCAUUUCUAAGAGCACUUCAGUUGAGACAGAUGAAAUCUUCACUCAUUAGCAAGACACAGUUUUGUAAAGAUUUCAUUGUUCCACGUACUAAAACUGCAGCCAAAUAUAUUGCCCUAUACAGACAACUACAAAAAGAAAAUGUGUGUAUACAACGUUGAAAUAUUUUUCAUACUAUUUUUAAAAGUAACACUGGUGGUUACAACUUACUCAUUUAUUUAAUUAUAUAGGAGUUUUUAUAUUUAGCUAUAGGAA